AUGGAUUUGUUGGAAGUGUUCCUUAGUCGACGCAUCCAGCCUCUUCAAGCCCGUGAUCAUCCAAUGUGGAUGUAUUCGGGCACCGAAGACACCGCUCGGGUUCACCCGGAGGAGGUCACCGGUGAGACGGUGGCGCAGUGGCUGCGGAGCAUCACUGGGAACAAAGAUAACCCUAGAGGGUCCUGGAGGGUUUUGCCAUUCGACGCCAACAAUGAGCCGGAUAAGAUUUAUACUGAGAUGUAUUCGAUGCCGAAUGGAGAACAAGUCCAGGAGGGAAUGGAGAGCGGAGGCGAGAGUGGCGACUGGAAAUCUGAUGAUGAAAGUGACGAAGACAGAGAGGAUUCAAGCAGCAGCGAGGAGGUCGACUCGCCACCUCGUUCUGAGCGGCGCUCCAAACAGAUGCACGAUCCAGUGGGCGGGCGGGAGAAGGCGGCAAAGCAGCCCAAGGUCGUGCCACCGAAGCCUCGGAAGGCUCUGCCCAAGAUCAAGGUUGACGUCCCUGUUGCUUCUGCUGCUGCCACCUCUGGAAUGUCCAUGGAUAUUGACAAGAGGCAAGAUGAAGAGGAAACUGCAGACGCGGCCACUUCUCGAGCAGCACCACCGAAUGUUAUUGAGCUCCCAGACAACGACGACCAUGAAGACGAGCCUCAGAAGAACACAGGAAGAAAGGGCAGGACUUCUAGCAGGAGGGUGCCUGCUAGCAAGCUCCAUGCUUCAGAUCCGCUGGCUGCUCCGACUGUUCCACCAACUCCGCUCUUUGUUACCCAUAGCGCUGCUAAGGAAGCUAUACGUCAAGCAAGCCUUAUGAUGGAGCAAAUGAAGGCGGUGCAUGAAGCCAGCAAGGCUGCUUAUGAUGCCAGCUCUGCCCUUCAAACUAACGUCCAGCUCAAUCUCGACCUGGAGUUGGCCAAGGAGAACUUGCAGAAGGCUAAGGAUGAAGUAGCUGCCAUGGGAGUUGGCAAGUUAGAAGAAGAAAACGCCAAGCUGAAGACUGCCAUUGAUGAAGCCAAUAAAGAAGUCGUGCAGCUGAAGAAGGACAAGGUGGCCCUGACCGACAAGGUCGGAGAUCUCACUCAGAAGAGGGACGAACUGGAGGAUUAUCUGGGAGGACUCGCCAAGAAGAUGUUCCUUAUGCUUGAAGAAUUCUUUCAAAAUUUCGAGGAAGAAUCUUGGCGGAUUGAGACGAAUCUGGACCCCAUUAACUCCCCCGUCAAGGACAAAGCUAUGAUGAACGUGCUACGACUGGAAGCUCGCCUCGCCAGCAUCAUGGACUAUCUUGCUCGACUGAAAGUGGCGGCGUGGAAGAAGUCAUCUGCUUGCUGCGGCGCUGACGUGACCCUGUCUCUGGUCCGUGUCCAUUGCAAGGAAGUUAGAGAAGAGAAACUGGCGGCUCUCAAGGUCGCCAAUACCAAGAAGCUUCAAUUCCAGUCCUUCAUGGAGACCUUCAUCGAUGCUGAUAGUCGUAUUGCUGAUGGAAUCGACCUGGACGAGUUCGUCGAGCCAGCUAGCCCUCCUCCUGCUGAGUGA